AUGGAGACGGCACCAGCUUCCAACCCCGACCCCACGGGAGUCAUCCACGAAUGGAAACUCAAGCACAAGGUCGAGGCCAUCCGUGAACGCGACAGCCGCUCUGGCCUUCCCCUGAGAGAGCUUGGUGUCACUUGGAAAGAUCUCACCGUCAGCGCCAUUUCCUCCGACGCCGCCAUCCACGAGAACGUUAUCUCCCAGUUCAACAUCCCCAAGAAGAUCCAGGAAUCACGCCACAAGCCGCCCCUCAAGACCAUCCUAGACAAGACUCAUGGCUGCGUCAAGCCAGGAGAGAUGCUCCUGGUUUUGGGCCGUCCGGGCUCAGGGUGUACGACCUUGCUCAAAAUGAUUGCCAACCACAGGAAGGGCUAUCAGAACGUGGAGGGAGAUGUCAAGUAUGGCAGUAUGGACGCAUCGGAAGCGGAAAAGUACCGUGGCCAGAUCGUUAUGAACACCGAGGAGGAGCUCUUCUUCCCCUCCCUCACCGUGGGGCAGACCAUGGACUUUGCUACUCGUCUCAAGAUCCCCUUCCAGCUGCCCGAUGGCGUGCAGUCCAAGGAGGAGUACCGCCAGGAAAUGAUGGAGUUUCUCCUGGAGAGCAUGAGCAUCACCCACACCAGAGGCACCAAGGUAGGCAAUGAGUUCGUCAGAGGUGUUUCCGGAGGCGAGCGAAAGAGAGUGUCCAUCAUUGAAACGUUGGCUACAAGGGGCAGUGUCUUUUGCUGGGACAACAGCACAAGGGGUCUCGACGCGAGCACAGCUCUGGACUACACCAAGGCCAUCCGUGCCCUGACUGACGUUCUCGGGUUGGCCUCGAUUGUCACAUUGUACCAAGCAGGCAACGGCAUCUACGACCUCUUCGACAAAGUCCUCGUCCUCGACGCCGGGAAAGAGAUCUACUACGGCCCCAUGAAGGAUGCUCGCCCGUUCAUGGAGCAGCUUGGUUUCGUGUGCCGCGACGGAGCCAAUGUUGCUGACUACCUCACCGGUGUCACGGUCCCUACUGAACGCUUGAUUGCCCCCGGCUACGAAAAGACCUUCCCCCGCAACCCCGACCAGCUGAGAAGCGAGUACGAAAAGUCCAACAUCUACCAGAAGAUGAUCGCCGAGUAUAGCUACCCAGAGACAGAGGAGGCCAAGGAGAAGACCAAGCUGUUUCAGGGCGGCGUCGCAGCUGAAAGGGACAGCCACCUCCCCAACAACAGCCCCUUGACCGUUUCCUUCCCUCAGCAAGUCCUUGCCUGCAUCAUCCGGCAAUACCAGAUCCUCUGGGGCGACAAGGCCACCAUUGCCAUCAAGCAGGGCUCGACACUGGCACAAGCCCUGAUCUCCGGUUCUCUCUUCUACAACGCCCCCAACAACUCGUCCGGUAUCUUCCUCAAGGGAGGUGCCUUGUUCUUCGCCCUUCUCCACAACUGUUUGCUCUCCAUGUCUGAGGUUACCGAUUCCUUCCAUGGCCGCCCCGUGCUCGCGAAGCACAAGGCCUUUGCCUACUUCCACCCUGCCGCCUUCUGUAUCGCUCAAGUCACUGCCGACAUUCCCGUUCUGCUGUUCCAGGUUUUCAUUUUUGCCAUCGUUCAGUACUUCAUGGUCGGGCUCACCAUGACAGCCGGCGGUUGGUUCACAUACUGGAUUGUUGUCUUUGCUACCACCAUGUGCAUGACCGCCUGCUUCCGCAUGAUUGGUGCUGCGUUUUCCAACUUUGAUGCCGCCUCCAAGAUCUCGGGCUUGGCCGUCAAGCUGCUCAUCAUGUACACGGGCUACAUGAUUAUCCGGCCCAAGAUGCACCCCUGGUUCGGCUGGAUCUUCUGGAUCAACCCCCUGGCUUACGCCUUUGACGCUCUCCUCUCCAACGAGUUCAAAGGCCAGAUCAUUCCUUGCGUCGGACCAAACCUCGUCCCCACUGGACCUGGAUACAUGGGCCUCGAGGUUGGCCAGCAGGCAUGUGCUGGCGUGGGCGGCGCCCUGCCAGGUCGCAGCUACGUUCUCGGCGAUGACUACUUGAGCUCCUUGGAGUACGGAAGCGGCCACAUCUGGAGGAACUUUGGAAUUGUCUGGGCUUUCUGGGCCUUGUUCGUCACCAUCACGAUUCUGGCCACCACCAACUGGAAGUCUGCGUCUGAGGGUGGGCCCUCCUUGUUGAUUCCCAGGGAAAAGUCAAAGGUUGGGCUUCACGGCGCUCGCAGGAACAAGGCUGGCGACGAAGAAGCGGCCGUUGACGAAAAGGGCGGCUUCUCCUCGGGCAGCGGCAGCGAGACGGACGAGACACUUGCCGUCAAGGGUGCAGAUGCGCAGAUGCAAAAGCAGGAGGUAGAUCUUGUUCGCAACACUUCGGUCUUCACAUGGAAGGAUCUCUGUUACACUGUUUCUACCCCUGACGGCGAUCGCCAGCUCUUGGACAACGUGCAAGGAUGGGUCAAGCCUGGCAUGCUGGGUGCCUUGAUGGGCUCUUCUGGUGCUGGCAAGACCACUCUCUUGGAUGUCCUUGCGCAGAGAAAGACCGAAGGUGUUAUCAAGGGAAGCAUCAUGGUCGAUGGUCGUGAGCUGCCUGUCUCUUUCCAGAGAAAUGCGGGCUACUGUGAACAGCUUGACGUGCAUGAGCCGUAUGCUACCGUCCGGGAGGCGCUCGAGUUCAGCGCCCUUCUGCGGCAGCCUCGCGAGGUCCCCCGUGAGGAAAAGUUGCGCUACGUCGACACCAUCAUUGACCUCCUCGAGCUGCACGACCUGGCUGACACCCUGAUUGGCCGCGUCGGCAUGGGUCUGUCUGUGGAACAGCGCAAGCGUGUCACUAUCGGAGUCGAACUUGUCGCCAAGCCCUCGAUCUUGAUCUUCUUGGAUGAGCCCACCUCGGGCCUCGACGGCCAGUCUGCCUACAACACGGUCCGCUUCCUCCGCAAGCUCGCCGACGUUGGUCAAGCCGUCUUGGUCACGAUUCACCAGCCCUCGGCCCAGCUCUUUGCCCAGUUCGACACAUUGCUUCUGUUGCAACGCGGCGGAAAGACGGUCUACUUUGGUGACAUUGGCGACAACGCUGCUACUGUCAAGAACUAUUUCGCCCGCUACGGUGCCCCCUGCCCCAAGGACGCCAACCCUGCCGAGCACAUGAUCGAUGUGGUGUCUGGCCAUCUCUCCCAGGGCCGUGACUGGAAUGAGGUUUGGCUCUCGUCUCCCGAACACAGCGCAGUCGUCAAGGAGCUUGAUGAGAUCAUAUCCGAGGCCGCUUCCAAGCCUGCUGGCUAUGUGGACGACGGCCGCGAGUUUGCCACGCCCCUUUUGGAGCAAACCAAGGUUGUCACGAAGCGCAUGAACAUUUCCCUGUACCGCAACCGAGACUACGUCAACAACAAGAUCAUGCUGCACGUCUCGGCCGCGCUUAUCAACGGCUUCAGUUUCUGGAUGAUUGGCGACGACAUUUCGGAUUUGCAGAUGAUUCUCUUCACCAUCUUCCAGUUCAUCUUCGUCGCCCCCGGUGUCAUUGCCCAGCUGCAGCCGCUCUUCAUCGACCGCCGCAACAUCUUUGAGGCCCGCGAGAAGAAGAGCAAGAUGUACUCUUGGAUCGCCUUCGUCACGGGUCUGAUCACGUCUGAGAUUCCUUACCUCAUGAUUUGCGGCGUCUUGUAUUACUGCUGCUGGUACUACACAGUCGGCUUCCCUACCUCGUCCAAGCGUGCCGGCGCGACGCUGUUUGUCAUGCUCAUGUACGAAUUUGUCUACACGGGGAUGGGCCAGUUCAUCGCAGCCUACGCCCCCAAUGCCGUCUUUGCCUCGCUCGCCAACCCCUUCGUCAUCGGAAUCUUAGUCGCCUUCUGCGGUGUCUUGGUCCCCUAUGCACAGAUCCAGGUCUUUUGGAGGUAUUGGAUCUACUACCUCAACCCCUUCAACUACCUCAUGGGGUCCAUGCUGGUCUUUGCUGCCUGGGACUGGCCCAUCAACUGCAACCCUCACGAGCUGGCCAGGUUCGAUCCUCCCAACGGCACCACUUGUGGCGACUACCUGAGCACCUAUCUUGAGAAGGGGUACGGCAUGGCUGCGAACUUGUUAAACCCCGAUGCUCUUUCCGAGUGCCAGGUCUGCCAGUUCAAGUCUGGAAGCGACUACCUUCGCACCAUCAACCUGAUGGAGUACAGCUACGGCUGGAGAGAUGCCGGCAUUGUCGUCAUCUUUGUCAUCAGCUCGUAUGCUAUGGUCUAUGGCUUGAUGAAGCUGAGAACAAAGACCAGCAAGAAGGCUGAGUGA